AUGGCGACCGCCGCAAGAGACAUCUCCAACCCCAACGACCUUGCCCGUCAAGUCUCCCGCAGCAUGAGCUUUUCCACACCCUCCAACGCUCCCCUUCAGUCUCCACCGUCGAGCUUCGGAGCUAGUGGCACGACGUUUGCUAGCCGUGUCCCAGCGCCGUUUCCAUUGAAACAAUUGAAGCCCUUUGCGACGCAGGACAUCAAAAUCUUGUUGUUGGAGAAUGUAAACCAGACGGGCAGGGAUAUCCUCAAGGAGCAGGGGUAUCAGGUGGAGUUCUACAAGUCUUCCUUGCCGGAAGAUGAAUUGAUUGAGAAGAUCAGAGAGGUGCAUGUUAUUGGCAUACGAUCCAAGACAAAGCUCACUGCCAGGGUGCUCCGAGAGGCAAAGAAUCUCAUCGUCAUUGGAUGCUUCUGUAUCGGCACGAACCAAGUCGACCUCCAAUACGCCGCUGACCAUGGCAUUGCCGUGUUCAAUUCCCCUUUCAGCAACUCACGUAGUGUCGCGGAAUUGGUGAUUGCGGAGAUUAUUUCCCUCGCUCGCCAGCUAUGUGACCGCUCCAUGGAACUUCACAAUGGAAUGUGGCAAAAAGUGAGCAAUAGAUGUUGGGAGGUUCGAGGGAAGACGCUUGGUAUAAUUGGAUAUGGCCACAUUGGAUCUCAGCUAUCAGUCCUCGCCGAAGCGAUGGGUAUGUCAGUCAUUUAUUACGACGUCGUCAAUCUCAUGGCCAUGGGAACUGCUCGUCAAGUCGCAACACUGGAAGAUCUUCUCAAAGGCGCAGAUUUCGUCACCUUGCACGUCCCUGAGCUCCCUGAAACCAAGAACAUGAUCAGCACGGCUCAAUUCGAGCACAUGAAAGAUGGGAGCUAUCUCAUCAACGCUAGUCGUGGCAGCGUCGUGGAUAUUCCCGCCCUUAUCCAAGCAAUGCGUUCUGGUAAGGUUGCUGGUGCGGCCCUUGAUGUGUAUCCUAGUGAACCAGCUGGCAACGGAGAUUACUUCAAUAAGCAGCUGAAUAACUGGGCGGAGGACCUAAGAUCAUUGAAGAACCUUAUACUUACCCCACAUAUUGGUGGAAGCACUGAAGAAGCCCAAAGUGCCAUCGGCAUCGAAGUCGGGCAUGCCUUGGUACGCUAUGUGAAUGAAGGGACAACUUUGGGCGCUGUCAACUUGCCAGAGGUCGCUCUGCGCUCGUUGACUAUGGACGAACCAAACCAUGCUCGAGUCAUUUUCAUCCAUCGCAACGUACCCGGCGUUUUGAGAAAAGUCAACGAGAUCCUCGGAAACCACAACGUUGACAAACAGAUGACCGAUAGUCGCGGCGAUGUCGCCUACCUAAUGGCUGAUAUUAGCGACGUCGAUUCAUCAGAGAUCAAAGAUCUAUACGAACAAUUAGAGACCUUAUCCUGUACACACAUGGACGGUCAGGUUAAAAAAUAUUUGCUUAUUGGCGUUCUUUCAACACUACUGGGAUAG